AUACCUCGUUUCCAAACAAGCAAAGCAGACUUUACUUUAUGAAUCUAGUCAAUAGACCAGCAUAUUCAUCUUGUUUAUUUUUAAUACGAUUUCCGUUUCUCUCCUCUUCCUUCCAUAGAGUUUUAUUUGAAUCAUGAGCGAAACUAAUUUUAUACCCUUCAGUUACGGCUGGAAGGACUGAAUUGUUUCAAAUUGUACGUAUUGCGGGGCAGCUUCUCCUAGGCGACUGUUGUUACAGGGCGAAUUCACAACAAUGAGCGGGAAACGUUUUUCCUUUUUUUGAAAUAACUUUAAAUGAUGUAAUCAAUGCGAAAAGUCUAUCUCUGUUGGAAUAUUUCAAAAGACCAUUUUCUCUCCUCUCGUCGGUGUCCCCUCAUCUUCUUCUUUUUUUUAAUACUCUACCUAGUUACCUUAUAUCCUACUCUUAUGCUCUUCCGUUCUGCUUUUAUCAAAGGCACAAGACACUCCCAACUGUCACAGCUAGCCAACAAAAGAUUUUUUAAUUCAAAUAACAAGUUACCUAAUCAAUGGUUUGGCCCCAAAUUGAAACGACUCGCGGCCUACAGCACUUUGCUUGGGGGAACAAGCUGGUUGGUCUAUUACUUGUCUCAAGACCGUGACAAUUUCGUUGACGUGGUUGGCGCUCAUGAACAUGUUCCGCGUCUUGCGCUCUAUCCCGAGAGAGGAGGUCCCAAAAACUUACCAAUUGCUAAAUACUAUAUUGACGAUUCUGUUGAACAACACAUAGCGUUCAACAUAGAAGAGAAACCGCGUCUUGUUAUUCUUGGUUCAGGAUGGGGAGCGGUUUCUGUUUUAAAAAAUUUGGAUAAGGACAAGUAUAAUGUUACGGUGGUGAGUGAUAACAAUUACUUUUUAUUCACGCCGUUAUUGCCUAGCGCGACAGUCGGUACAUUGGAAUUAAGAUCGCUUUUGGAACCAGUACGUAAAAUCGUCGCAAGAAUUAGAGCUCAUUUCGUAGAAGGGAAAGCACUGGACAUCGAUUUAGAGAACAAACUUGUGGAAGUGCACAGUAAAAGCGGUGAUAGCAGCUUUUAUGUACCUUAUGACAAAUUGGUUGUAGCCGUCGGCGCUACGGGCAUAACUCAUGGUAUUGAAGGCAUUCAGCAUACAGUGCAGUUAAAAACGAUCCAAGAUGCUAUAAAAAUCCGACAUAAAGUAAUGGAAAAUGCAGAAAAGGCAUGCUUACCAACGACUACGCCAGAAGAGCGUAAGCGGCUGUUAUCGUUCGUUGUUUGUGGUGGAGGGCCGACAGGUGUUGAAUUUGCAGCUGAAGUGUCAGACUGGAUCAAUGAGGAUCUAGUGAAAUGGUUUCCUAAAUUGGUUCGUGAGGACAUCACUAUCCACAUUAUACAGUCCAGAGAUCAUAUUUUGAACACCUUUGAUAGUGAAAUCAGCGACUAUGCAGAGAAGAGAUUUGAACGCGAGAAAAUAGAUGUCAUCACUAAUGCAAGAGUUGUUAAGAUUGACCCUGACGAAGUAGUCUAUACAAUCAAACCAGCAAACCCAGAUGAUAAACCCAUUACAAAAAAACUACCUUACGGUUUAUGUCUAUGGUCAACUGGUAUUGCUAUGACACCAUUUGCCCAGAACCUUACAGAGAAACUCCCAGUUCAGGCGCAUAAAAGAGUGCUGACAACGGACGAAUAUUUGCAUUUGAAAGGAAUAGAGGAUGAGUCCAUCUUUGCCCUUGGUGAUUGCGCUUCAAUCGAAAACCCCGAUCUUUUAGAAAAUAUCAUGGAUCUAUUCGAAGAAGGCGAUGUGGAUAAAGAUGGCACAUUACAAUUCAAAGAGUUCCUUAGCAUCUGUGACAAGAUACGCCGAAAGUACCCUUUGGCAGCGGAACAUUUGACGAACCUCAAAAAGAUGUUCCGACAAUAUGAUGUGGACCAUAGCGGUACCCUUGAUAUGAAUGAGAUGAAGGCUAUGUUAGAGGAUGUAAAUAAGAAGCUGACACAUUUGCCUGCUACCGCACAAGUUGCAAGUCAGCAAGGAAAAUAUCUGGCUAAAUACUUGAAUAGAUUAGUUGAAAAGAACAAAGAGGGUGCCUUCGUCACAAGAGAUGAAUCUACAAUGAAGCAGAUAGUUGGCCCCUUUACCUACAACUACUUGGGUUCAUUGGCUUAUUUAGGCAAUACAGCAGUGGGUGAUUUCAAAUGGGGGUAUAAGAUGACUGGUGGUUUAUGGGCUUUAUAUCUCUGGCGAAGUAUUUACUGGAGUAAGCAAGUCAGUAUGCGCACACGUAUGAACCUAAGCAUAGAUUGGACAAAAUGUGCAGUUUGGGGAAGAGAUAUAUCUACUGUUUAAAACAAUAAAAAAGCCUAGUAACCGAAUAUUGGUGUCCUAUCUGAAUUUGAAUUCAUAAUGAAAAAGUUUGGAAACGUUGUCUAAAAAAGCACUACUAGCACAAGAAGAAGUUGAACUGACCCUUCUU